GGGCGCGGGGCCGGGCUCCGCCUGCCGGGGGACGCGCAGGAGCCGGCGGCGGGGCGUGCAGGGGGAACCCUGGCAUCGGCGAGGGGCGCUUUUCCCGUUGGCGUUUUCCCGACACUUUCCAGGUCUUCCUUCCGGAGAACGUGAGAUCCGCCUCGGCGCCAGCCUGCUGGGGUUCACUGGAUGUUAAGUAGAUUUGGGAGCGGUGUGACAUCGCGCCGCCAGUCCCUUCCCUCCUGAGAAAGGGUAGCUGCUUUCUGAGCAAUCACAUACCAACCUCAUGUAUUCCUAAGACUGUCAUCAGCUUCUAGUUUUCUAUUCAGUGGCCUUACAGAGAUUUAAUUACUUAUAGGUUCUAGUGGUUGUAAAGUAAUUUAAGAUGUUUGUACUACUCGGUUUUAAUUAUCUAAUUCACUCUUGUGUUAAGAGACAUCGUUUUAACUUGGGAAUGGUUAAAUCGCCAAAGAAUUAAAUUAUUUAUGCAUAAGGGCUAUUUUAUUUGACUACUGUUGGCCUGCAACUUAAACUUGCAUCUUUUAUUUUUUAUCCUAUGCUUUUUCUUUGCUAUGGCUGCUGCAACAAUAGUUCAUGAUACAUCAGAAGCUGUAGAGCUCUGUGCUCCCUGUGGGUUAUACCUUAAACCCAUUACAAAAAUGACCAUCAGUGUGGCACUUCCUCAGCUGAAGCAACCAGGAAAAUCCAUUUCGAACUGGGAAGUGAUGGAAAGAUUGAAGGGGAUGGUGCAAACUCAUCAGUUUUCUACUCUGCGGAUAUCUAAAAGCACAAUGGAUUUCAUUAGGUUUGAAGGAGAGGUUGAGAACAAAAGUUUAGUUAAGUCUUUUCUGGCAUGCCUUGAUGGCAAAACCAUAAAGCUGAGCGGCUUCUCUGACAUCUUGAAAGUGCGUGCUGCAGAGUACAAGAUUGACUUUCCUACCAGACAUGACUGGGACUCGUUUUUCCGUGAUGCAAAAGAUAUGAACGAAACCUUGCCUGGGGAAAGGCCAGACACCAUUCACCUGGAGGGUUUGCCUUGUAAGUGGUUUGCAGCAAAGGAGACUGGCUCGGAAAAGCCAAGUGAAGAAAUCCUUAUAAAAGUUUUCCAGAAAUUUGGAGAAAUCCGUAAUGUGGACAUACCCAUGCUGGACCCUUACAGAGAAGAGAUGACUGGCAGGAAUUUUCACACUUUCAGCUUUGGAGGCCAUUUAAACUUUGAAGCCUAUGUCCAGUACCGGGAGUAUGCGGGGUUCAUCGAGGCCAUGAAUGCCCUGCGAGGGAUGAAGCUGAUGUACAAGGGCGAUGAUGGCAAAGCAGUGGCUUGCAAUAUAAAGGUUUCUUUUGACUCAACAAAACACCUCAGUGAUGCAUCAAUUAAGAAGCGUCAACUUGAAAGGCAAAAGCUUCAAGAGCUUGAAAAGCAGAGAGAAGAACAAAAACGUAAAGAGAAAGAAGCUGAGGAAAAACAAAAAGAAGAAGAAAGGAAGCAGAGAGAGCUUGAAGAAUAUGAGAGAGAGAGAAAAAGAGAAGAGAAGUUGCGCAAGAGAGAACAGAAACAGAAAGAUCGUGAAGUUCGACGGAACAAAAAGCAACUUGAAAAGCUUCAAGCUGAAGAACAGAGAAAACUUCAAGAGAAGAUAAAGCUAGAAGAAAGGAAGCUCCUGUUAGCUCAGAGAAAUCUUCAGUCCAUUAGACUAAUUGCAGAACUGCUAAGCAGAGCAAAGACAGUAAAGCUUUUGGAGCAAGAACAGAAUGAAGAAAAGAUUUGUCUUCAGCAGCUAGAGGAGAGACGGAGGCUCCAGGAGGCUGAGCUUAAACGUGUGGAAGAGGAAAAGGAGAGAGCACUGGGGUUGCAGAGAAAAGAAAAGGAACUGAGGGAGAAACUACUGAACAAUCUUCUGAGCAAGAAAAUGGAUGCAGUUAAUCAAAACAAAGAAGAAGCUGAAGCAUCUCAGACUGACGUGCUGAAAGGCCCUAGUGCUGUUCCCCACACUGUGUCAUCCAGCUGCAUCACUUCUACCUCAGGACAGGUUGUUACAGCCAAACUAGCUCCUGGCUCUCAAAUAGAAGUAGCAUCCCCUGAAAGCAUAAAUACUCAAUGCAAGUACUUAAAUGGCAACAUUCACGACAAAGUUCAUGUCAAAGAAGAUCAGAAUCUUCAUACUACAAACUCUGAGAGGUGUUCUGACAAAAAGGGUUCGGGGGUACUUUCAUGUGUCCCCACCAAUAACAAGGACCAGAAGAGCCUCUCUAGCUAUGACCAGAACACUUGCAAGAAGGACUUGCCCUGUGAGCAGGACAAACGUGGAACAGAGCCAAGGAGAAGAAAGAGCCAUUCAUGUAGCAGCAUAAACAGUGAUGAGAGCAAGGGUAGAUGGGAGAGCAGCGGACACAGAAGAGAUGUGAGCUCCCGAGAUGAAAAGCAUAGGAAGGACAGGAGGUAUUACAGACACUCCAGCAGAAGUUACAGCCCUCGCCGGAGCCGCAGCCCUCGGCGAAGGAGCGCGAGCCCCAGACGUUCCCGCUACAGAAGAACGCGCAGUAGGGAGCGCAGGCGGGACAGGAGGGAAAGGAGUCGGAGUCGCAGAAGUGUGAGCAGGAGACGAAGGCACCGGAGGUGAUCACUCAGUAAGCAAAGGAGUACUUAGUGGAGGCCUUGGCUCCUUUGAAAGGCUCUGGUAGGACAAAAGGGCCGCAGAAUUGGACACCAGACCUCAUCGGUGUGACUGCUAUAGAAAACACAAUUGUUUCAGCCAAUUCUUAGCUUGCAUCUAGUCCUCAAAAUCAAAAAGAGAUGCCUGAUUUUUUUUGACCUUCCUUCCUUUGUUGUCUCUUUCUAGGUUUCUGCCACAAUGUAGGUGUAAUCACUUGUGCUUGUGCUGAAGUUCCUAAAGUGCUAAAAGCCAACCUGUUUUCUUCAAUUUCAGUUUUCUAAACCUUAAUUUUAGUGUAUUUAGUUUUUAUCACCUAAUUUGGCUUAAGAAAUACAUGGGUGCCAGCUAUAGGAACUUCAGAGGUGACAAGCUAUUACAUACAGAUUUGAUUUAAAGUGUUUCCUGGUGUGUUCAAUGAAAUCAUGUAGAGUUUUUAUUGAUUGAGAUGGAUAGCAGGACUUUCAUAUUUUUUCUUAAAAGUGACGAUAAAAGUUAUGCAGGAUACCUUUUAAACUGCUUUGAUUCCUUCAUAUGUCUGUAUGAUGCCAAGCUUUGUGGCUCAAAUUAUUCUGGUGUGUAAUGCCUUUGUAUAAUACUUUCUGUGUAAGAGAGGCACACCUGGUGUAGGAAGUAACAAGCAGUGGUAAAAUGGUUGAAAGUUGUUCUGGUAUUUUGUUGACAUAUUUGGCUUUGUAAUUUCAGGUGGCAUAGGGCUACUUGAAACAUUUUUUUCAGGUACAUAAAGAGCUAAACAUUGUCUUGAAAAAGGGGCCUUCUUGCUAAAUUAUUUUUACUUGUGUUGUUGAAAAGUAAGGCUGCAGUGUCUCUUGUUAAAUCUGUUUAAGAAUACUUUUGCUUUUAAAAUGCAGCUCAGGAAUAUUAAAAGCUAUAAUGUUACAGUGAAAGAGUUUAUUUUGCAUUUUUAUGGUAAAAUUAAAAAGAAAACUGUUUCCAGUGAACUGAAGUUGCUGUUUUCAUGUGUCAGUGUAUUAAA